UUCGUCUUUGAAGCAACAAACUUUGAAGAUGAUCAAGUUAGAGGCUGGAACAAAACGCAUAUCACUUAUCUGGGGUCACUCUGAAAUCUCCGACCUAGAAUUUGACUGGGAUCAUAAGGGAAGUACUGGAAUCUCCCACAUCUAUAUUUCUCACGAUAAUCUUAUCCGUUUUAUUCAAUUUCAGUAUGUCGAAGAGAAUGGAGUCCUGUCCAAGCUUUCUCCGAUGCCCGUUAAGAAUCCUUAUGGUUGGAGAUUCAAUGUUGUUAAGCUUGAUUAUCCUCGUGAGUUUCUCAAGGGGAUUAGCGGCUUUUGGAGUAAUGGAAAUGUGAUCUCAUUGGCAUUUACUACGAACUGGGAGACCUAUGGUCCAUUCGGUUGCAAGGCACAAAAUGGUACUGAAUUCGAUUUUCAAACAGGAGAUGAGCCUCUAUUUGGUGGAUUGCAUGGAUCCUUUGAUGCCGAAGGUCUUAGAACAAUCGGAAUCUAUGUGAAUCCAGAAGAAGCCAAGCUUUGAAAGUUAUCAUCGAUCUGGAUUAACUAAUAGCUGUCAGUCCUAUUGAUUCUUAUCUCUAUUUUGUCAUAGACGUUUUACCCUCUCUAUUGUGCUAAUUACAUCUUGCAGUCAAAUAUUCUCCCUUCCAGGAGUCCAAA